GAGGUUGAAGAAGACGAAGAAAGGCAUCGUCGCGUAGCCACAGAGAGUGCGCACAGUCCACCGUGUACCCGGCAUGGACCGUCAGUACACCCUCUGUGUACUCGUACCGGCACACCAGUACCGUAACUACGUGGACAAUUACCAUCAUCAGCAGGCGCAGCAAGAGCAGCAACGCAAGAAUCUGCAACGUCCAACGUAUCUCCAGUAUCAACAGCAGCAGCAGCAAGAGCAGAUCUAUGAGAACGUCGUGUCGCAGUAUCGCAUGAGGAUGUGCUAUCACAACGACUACGAAAACGAUGAGCAGAUACAGAAAUUCUACUGGGAACAGUGUUACAAGCGCGACGACGCUGACGCAACGGCGUAUUAUUAUUGCGAAUAUGCGAAGAAGGAGAUCUAUGACGUAAAACAGCAAAGGCUCUGUCUGGCGCAGGAUGAGUACAAUCACCUCAAUAAUGCUUUAUCCACCCUUGGCGCAUCACGUACAAGUUUAUGUUCCAGCUCGAGUUCCUUGAGUACCAAAUACGACCCUGACCUGCUCAAGUCCGACGUGGCACUCGCCAGAAGCCGAGUUUCUCGAUUAAAACGAGAACUCGAGCAGAUUCGAGCGGAGAUGAACUGCACGCAACGAGGAGUGGAUACUCUCGCCAGUGUGGAGCAAAAAUUGAGCGGCCAUCAUGGUGGAUGCUACAAUAUCACGGAAGCGCAAGCCAUCAUGACCGAGCUCCGUAAUAUCCAGAAGUCCUUGAGUUCCGGAGAGAAAGAGAAGGCCGAACUGAUGCAGUCGCUGGCGCAGCUCAAAGAUGAACUGACAAGGCUGCAAUUGUGUGAGGGUAGUCCAGAAGCUAGCACGCUUAGUUUGCCGCAAGAGAAACUUAGCACGGCUUCCCAGACCGAUCUCUCGGGUGAACUGGUGCCGAUCGGGACCCGAUUGGCCGAAAUGGCGCGCAUGAGAUUGCAGUACGAUGAGGCGAGAAAGCGGAUCCAGCACAUUCAACAGCAGUUGGCGGAUCUCGAGGAGAAGGUGACGCCAGGUCAAACCGAGAGCGACAAGGACAAGCUGCUACUAUUCCAGGAGAAAGAGCAGCUGUUGCGAGAAUUGCGGAGUAUCACACCGCGCACGAGGACGCAGCAGGAUAUGAAAAAGAUCCAGUGCGAGAUUCGCAGGCUUGAGCAGGAUCUCAACACCGCGUUUGAACUAUCGAACAAAACCAUAACCGAUCGCGUGCGGCUCCACGAGGAGAAGCAGCUGUUGCUGCAGCAACUCAGGGACGCUCUGCGAUCAAUGGCGAUGUUAGAGGGCCAGCUGAAGACACUGAGCGCUAGCACAUUAUCGGUGAGCAGCAGCUCCAGCCUCGGUAGUCUCAGUACGACUAGCAGCAAGGGUUCCCUCAGCUCCGGGCUAAGCUUCACGGACAUCUACGGCGGUCCACAGUGUCUGGGAUCUACCAGUUCGCAGCAGGAACGACCGGUCGAUAUGGUGGAUCUGCACAGGCGCGUCGAGAGAUUGUUGCGUGGCUCCGAACAGAACAAUCUCGUAGGCACACCCUCGCCCGGUAGAUCUCAGCCCAGUCUUUCGCCGAGAUCAAGUCUGUCGAGUGUGAGCCCGCCGGUGUCGCCGUUAUACGAGAACGCACCGAUGGGUCCACCGCCUGCCUACGAACAAGUGGAACUGCAGAGGAGGCAGCAUCAGAGAGUGGGACCCGUGGCAGUGACGACGACGGUAGUGACGGCUAGUGGCGGUGCAACCGCGUCGCAUCUCGACGGGAAUCAACUAGAAGACCGUUUGACGGAACUCAGAUUCGGUCAACAGCAGGGAGUACCGCAACAGCAGGAGCAAUCGUGCACCUCCAAUUCGCAGGAUCGCCUGAAGCUUGUGGUUGGUCCGCAUCCGCCCAUCGAAUUGCAGUCGUGCAACAUGUCACAGGGCAGUGGCCUAGGCAGGCCUGGCGCGUCCAGUGUACAAUUGCUGCAGCUGCAACAAGCGCCGCCACCACCUCAAGAGCUACCCCCAUUGUCGCCGAUCAGCGAGACGCCGCCGCCCACUGGGAUUAGAUCAAGGGCCAGCAGUUCUGGCACCAACACCAGAUCCGUUUCCGCCGCAGUCUCCGACGAGAGUGUCGCUGGCGAUUCGGGCGUUUUCGAGGCAUCUAAUCGGAAAAGACUGUCCGGUCUCAUCUCCGACGUGGAUCCGUUGGCUUCCGGCGAGAUGAGCUUGGAAACGGCGCAGGUGCAGAUCAAACUGAGGUAUUCGGUGAGCGAUGGAUUGCUUCAUGUUGGCAUCGAACGCGCGAGAAAUCUAGCAGCGCUUUUCAUACCCAAUAACGCGCAAGUAUACAUCAAAGUCGCUCUGCUGCCGAUGCAACUGCCCAUCAGUCACAUGUGUUGCUGCACAAAACCCGUCGUGGAUCUACGAAAACCAACUUUCGGCGAGACGUUUCCAAUCGCCGUACCGCUCAACAAGUUGUACACGAAGACCCUGCAAGUGACACUUUGGUGCACCGAAGCCGAAAAAUGCUUGGGUUCUGCACAAGUCUCGCUGGCAGACUUCAGUCCAGAAUCUCCUAGCGUGAAAUGGUAUAAUAUACUCUCCUUCCGCUUCAUGCAACCGUCCGAAACCAAUCCCAGUACCAGCGCCAGUAAUAGCGCCACCACGAGUGUCAUCAGGCAAACGAAGCACGACAAACAGGAAUCAGACAUCUCGAUGUAUAGAAGCGCACAAAAUACGAAAGAAGAGAGUAGUGACGAGAGUACGAUAAUUAGUUCUCAGACAUCUACCUUGACGAGGAAUCAAGGUUGCGACGAGCUACAGACAGCCGUGACGUUGAGACUCGAGGAGCUCGCCAAUUGUUUGGGUAGCCCAGAAGAAGAGGAUGAAGAUGGCGGUGAUAGCGAAAGCGGAAGCGAGGGCAGCGACGAAGAGGGCAUUGUCAUGGAGUUUGUAAUGGAGGACAAUAUUCUGGAGGAUGUUUUGGAACACGAGGAAGAUGAAGAACUGAAUGAGGAAACGAGGCAAACGCAAGACAAGGAAACAAACACCGAAUGCGUAUUUAUUCCGGAGCAGGGCAAGCAAAGGAAACUCUCCGCAGCUGGCGUUGUGCCCGGCGCUAUUCACGACGACAAGAACUCCAUUGUAAUCAAGAGGAGUCAGACAUUCUCACCGAGCGCGGCCGUCAGCAAAAAUCAUUACAUCUGCCGACUUAAUCGUAGCGACAGCGAUAGCAGUAUGCCGCUUUAUCGCAGAGGCGGACCUUUCCAACGAAAUUCAGUAGAAAGACGUUCCCUACGAUGGCGUCGACCAUCAUCCGCUCUUAGUUACAAAACUACUUCGAAGAAAUCGUCCCAUUUGCCGCCCACAAUGAGAACGUCAUUGGAUCUUGAAUUGGAUCUGCAGGCGCAGCACGCUAGACUGAAUAAUCUCCAAGAUGAGCUUAGUAGGUUACGGGAACUGAAGCAGCGAUUGGAACAGGCACGCGAGAAAGGUGAUACCGAUCUGGCAACGUGGCUGUUGGAAGAUCAGAAAUUCCAAAACCUCAUGGUACAAGCCGAACAUGGCAAAAACGGUAAAAACGCCGAGGAGAAGAAAGUGGAGAAGAUGAUGAAGAAAACAUCGAAAGAGAUUUACAAAUUAAGGAAAACGAAGGCUGGGAAGGGAAAGCCCGACAUCAUUUCUUUCAAAGAAAAGAUGGCUUUCUUCACGCGGGUGAAUUUGAACGUUCCUAUUUUGCCACCUGAAGAUCUCGGAACCGAUAGUACGUGUCCUACGUCAUCGCACACUCAUAGAAGAUACGCGUCGGAGCCCGUUACUACCACUCACGGUAUUAUAAAUUCGACGAUACGGCCGAACAGCAUUCCCGGCGCAACCGCGUCGUCCGCCACGAGGAACAACAGCGGCAUCGCAGAUCGGAAUGCGAGCGGAAUUGUCAUCACGAAUGUUAAUGAGGAUGAGAUCCCGGUGAUCAAAAAUACCGACAAACCUGUAAACGCUAAAGGUCGGCCAGCGGCGGAAUCGAGCGCACAAAAUUCGGAAAACGGCGAGAGCGAGGCUCCAUCCAAGCCCAUCGAGAAGAACGAAGGCAACGGGGAGCCGGCAAAGAGAUACGAAUACGUCGUCGACAGGGUUCUCGGCGUAGAGGUAUUGGCUGGUGAAUUUUGUUCCGAUCUCGGUAAUGCCGUUUUACAAUUGCGUUCAGUUUCUGAUUGAGCUUCUUAUCCAGUGGAAAUGUAUCCAACUGAAACUACAGAAGCUAUGUCGAAAGGAUCACCAUACUUUGAAUAUAAGUUUCCUAAGCAGUUGGACAAAUUCUCCAAGGAGAAGAUGGAGCUGGAAACAAAGUUGGAUGAGAAAAAGAAGGAACUUCAAGAAAAACAAAUGCAAAGAAAAAUACAUGAAUUACAGGAUAAAGUCAGAGAAUUUUCUCAAAUGGAAUCUCAAUUAGAAGAAAAAACACGAAGAUUGCAAACAUCCAAUAGGGAGAGAGAUAUACUUGAGAAAGAACUGAUUGCUACACGAUCAGAACUGGCAGGCAUUAAACGGACAUUAGAAUUAGAACGGCAAGAGAGAAAGGAGCUAGAGAUUCACGCGCUUGGAUUAAUAAGAGAAGCAAAACGUAAAUGGGAAAAUGCGGAAAAAGAUAAAAUUGCACAAUUAAAUCAACAUAUCGCAGCACAAACUGUGAAAAUUACAUCGCUGUGUACAACUAAUAAUGAAAUAAGCUCGCAACUACAAAAAGCAGAGUGCGAAUUACAAACUGCAAAUGCAGAAUUGGACAAAUUGCGUGUGUUUCAAACACAAUAUAAGGAGUCCUUAGCAAAAACACGAGAAUUAAAUAGACAAAGCGUUCAAGGUGUUGAAAUUAAGUUAGAGGAGAUAUCUGCGCGUGCUCAUAAUCAGCUGGCCGAUUUACGAGCGAAAUUAGAUUUUGAAGCAGCAAAGAAUACAGAUCUUGAAACUAGGUUACGCAAUGAGCAAGAUUCGAACCACUGUCGCGAGUCAAGAUUAAAUGUUGCCUUAGAACUUGCUCAAAAUGAAUUAAAAGAUUGUCAAGAACAAUUGCGUACUAUACAAGCUACGUUACCAGCAAGAGAUGCUGAAAUCCAAACUUUACGUAAACAACUGCAAGAGAGAGCAAGACAGAUAGACGAUCUGAAAACAUCUGAACAAACACUCACAAGUUUACAAGAACAAUUGGAAAGAAUGAAUCUUGAAAACGAGCAAUUAAAGCAGCAAUUGGAAGUUACUAGGUCUGAUCUAAAUGAAACUAUGAUGAAUUUGGAGCAAAGCGAGGCACUUGCUUUAAAUUUAGAACAAGCAGCGCAAGAUAAAGUUACAUUACAAAAAAGAUUACAAGAUUCCUUGAACAAAGAAGAAGAACAAUUGCGUAAGGUUUACAAUUUAGAGGAAUUAUUAAAACGUUUGGAACAUAGCGUUACAAAAUUGGAAACAGAAAAUGCUAAUCUUAAAGAAUUAGAUCAGGCACAAGCUACAACUUGUGCAGCAAUUACUGAUACCACAAGUACAAAGAUUGUUCAUCGGCAAGAGAAAGUAGAAAAAUUGGAACAACAACUUCAAGCUUUAAGAGAAGAAAUGACAGCUGAAAAACAAACAGCGAAACAAGCUCAAUUGGCUCUAUGGAAGAAGGAAAAGGAAUUAUCAGAUGCUAACUUAGAUAAACGAAUAGCUCUGAGAGAAAAUAAAAGAGCAGAGGAUAGAAUCAAAAUAUUGCAGGAAGAUAAACAGAAAUUGCAAGAAAGAUUAAGCAGUAAAACAAAGGAAGAAGAAGAAAAUCUUAAAAAACUAUUGAAUGAAUUAGACAUUGCAAAAGUGUCAUUGAACAAUAUUACAAAAGAAGCAUCUAGGAAUAAAAUGCAGGCUGAUUCAGCACAAAGGGCCUUGACCCAAACUAAUCAUCAAAUCGAGGAACUUCAAUCUUCGAGCGCAUCAUUACGUAGAGAAUUGGACGCGGUUCGUAAGCAAAUGCGAUCGAAUCAAGAUCGAGUCGAUACUUUGAACGCUGAAAAUAGACGUUUGACGCAAAUAGUUGCUAAACAUAAUGGAGAAAAGACUGAACUCGAGUCUAAAGUUGCCAAAUUAGAGCAAGAUAUUAAAGGCUAUGAAUUAAAUAUUGAACUCUUAAAAGAGACUUGUACAGUCUUGGAGGAACAGUUGACGGACUAUGAGAGAUUAACGAGCGAUCACGAAACGCGCGAGAAUAUGCUGAUUCAGGAUAAAAUGAAACUGCAAAAAGAUCUGGAAGCCGCCGAAACAAAAGUACGCGAGGCACGUACCGCGCAAAACGAAGAGAAGACGCGAAGAUUAGCUGCCGAACGUAAUGUCGAGCAAUUAGAAUCUGAGACAAGUGACAUAGAGAGCGAAAGAAACAGUCUUAUCGCUCAGACAGAACAAUACAAGAAACUCGCUCAAGAGCUUAGUGCGCAAAUAGAAGAGUUGACAACAAAGUGUGGUGAAAUGGAGUACGAUCUCUCAGAAACGAGUCGCGCUUUAGAAGCCGCUAAAGCAGAAUCGAGAGUCGUGAAAGAGGAAAGCAGUGAAUACUUGACGAGAGUGCACGAAUUGAAAGAAGCGAAUUUUGGACUUAUGACCGAUCUACAGAGUAGCAUAGAUCAAUGUCAAGAACUGAGAUCGAGGAUAGUAGAAUUGGAGAACGUCUUGGAAGAAAUGAGACAGUUUUAUCAGGAGAGAGAAGUAAAAGCUGAAGGUACUCGGCAACAGCAGACUAAAUUAAUCGAUUAUUUGCAAUGGAAAUUGGAUAAAUGUGAUAAGAAGAAAAAGACUAUAUGCGACAAAAUACUCGGCAAGCAAAAGGAAAAUAUGCCUCCUGUGGGUACAAGCAUGCCUGUAGGAUAUCGUGAAUUGGAGAAUCAACUAGCUAAAGAACGAGCAAAGGUGAAGACAUUGACGGAUCAAUUAUUAAUUCAGAAAGCUAAAAGCACUUCUAUCUCUGCAUCUGCACCUACCUCCCCUACAGCACCUACAGAAUGCGAAAGCAAGAGGAUAAAAGAUGUCACAGAAUCUGGCAGUUCAUCAUUUAUCAGACGAUUAUCUCCGCAAAGGAUAGGACACAACAAUCCGCAUAGAUUCAAUGUAGGAUUACCUAUGCGCGCAGGAAAAUGUGCGGCAUGUCCGAAGACUAUACAAUUUGGAAGACGCGCUGCGACCUGCAGCAAGUGCCAAAUCGUGACGCAUUUGGAGUGCGCAGUGUCUGUACCUGUGACUUGUGGUUUACCGAACGAUUUUCCCAAUUAUUAUCCCAAAGUUCUUGGAGACAGCAAUGAGAGUUUAUCGUCAAUAGGAGAUAGUGUCCAGACAUUGGCGAUAGAUCAACCAGACAAACCGGAAGAUGUGAAUUCGCAAAGUGUAACAAAGUGUAACGAAAAUGAAAAUUCCAUGGAAGGAUGGGUGAAAGUACCUGGUAGAUCGAAAUCUUGUUGGGAAAGAAAAUAUUUAAAAUUGGAAGGAUUAUGUUUGUGCGUCUACGAACAUCAGCCAUGUGCAGGAAUGAUACCGAUCAGCCGUUUAAAUUUAACGGAAAACAAUGGUUUUAAUGUUUCCGAGACGGUACAGCAUCCUGAUAUACCAGGAACGGCAAAAUCUGAUAUCCCGUUUAUCUUUAGAAUCGAAUCGAAUUCCGCAACGACUUGUUGGCCUUCGUCUAGAAUGGACAUUAUGGCUCUGAGUCAAGCUGAUAAGAGAAAUUGGCUUAAAGUUCUAAAGCCUUCUACCAGUCAAAAUUCAUAUGCUAUACCCAAAUAUAAAAAGUAUCAAACUAUGCUCAGAUUAGAAAAACAUCAGUUGGAUUUGAACUGCGUUGUUGAUUUGGGUAUGGAAAAUGCACUUUUGCUGGGCGCGAAAGAGGGCCUGUUUUCAUAUUGCGCCUCUAAAUCUCAAACGCUCACUACUAUACGCGGGGUCAAGCAAAUACAUCAGCUUUCUUUACAUGACCACUUGGAUCUGGCUUUAAUGAUAGCCGGUGAAUAUAGAGAAUUGGUGUACUGCAACUUGCGACUAUUGAAGAAUAACGCGUUAGCCGCCGAUUGUUCUAAACCAGCGAUUAAUACAAAGAGCGUAUUAUCUACUUCCGAUAGUUGCCAUCUGUAUCAAUUACAAGGCGAGAUACUGUGCACCGCGACUGCGUCUCAUGUAAUAUUAUUUAAAUGGAGAAUCGAAGAAGAUUCGGGAAAAUUUGUCGGUCUUCGCGAGCUUGAAACCCAGGAACCUUGCAGUUGUGCCAUAUUUACGUCGAAUCUUCUUAUUAUAGGAUGUCACAAAUUCUUCCAGAUUGAUUUACAAACUUAUAGUGUAGAUGAAUUCCCAGAAGAAGACAAUAGUUCUGUUAAAGCAGCGCUUACGGGUGCAGCUAAACUUGGCAUAUUUCCGGUUUGCGUUUUGAAUAUUUCUAAUACACGCGGUACGGCAGAGCUUCUAUUAUGCUAUAAUGAAUUUGGUGUAUUUGUGGACGAAAAUGGUAGAAGAACUCGCGCCGUUGAUCCAGUAUGGAACCAUUUACCAUUUGCUUUUGCAUUCUGCAAUCCAUAUUUAUUCAUUAUUCAUUUCUCGUCUGUCGAGAUUGUAAAACUCGAUGCAGAAGCGUACAAUUCAUCGGAAAAAAGUCCCGAACGUAUGUUAAUCGAAUUAUCUAGUCCACGUUAUCUAGGUACGGCGGGCACGAAAGGAAUUUACGUAGCGACUAUAAAUUCUUAUCUUGAAUUGCUGAAGAUUGACGGUUUUUCCAAUAUGCCAACGUUGAACGGUAGUUUAACAAGUCUGGACACAUUAGCUCAAGAAGAUGAAAGUAGCUCGGAAUUCAGUUUCACAUCGAGUUUAAUGGAGGCUUUAGAUGGACAGGGAAAAAAGGUACACUUUGGCGGAGUGCACAAAUAUUGAAGUAGGUCUUGUAUACAAUCUAUUUGAUUUAAUUUCAUAUUACUAUUUUUUGAUUUAUUAGAAAUUAGCAAUUUGUGUAUAUGAAAACUUAUUCAUAUGACAGCAAUUAUUACGAAAAAAAUAUCAUUUCUAUUCUAUAGAAAAAGUAAAAGACAAGUAGAAUAAUAGUAAAUUUAAAAUUAUACUCUUAUCAUGUUUCUCUUUAACAGAGAACUUGAAUGCGUAAAAAAAUAGAGACAAACGCCGCGCGCGCGCGCGCGCGCGUGUCAUGAUGAAGAUCUCAAAUACUCUUGCCACGUUAUUAACUCUCUGAUUAGUUAAUCGAGUUUAUUUUCUAUAUGUGCAACUGCCAGUGUUAAUUAAUAUAAUAAUUUAUUGAUUCAUAAAAUAAAUAAGUUUAUAUAUAAAAUUAUUAAAUGUACUUAUUUUUUUAUUGAAUUAACGCGUUCGAAGUAUUCGCAAUAAAAAAAGAAAAAAAAGCGGCUAAAUGGUUUGACAAAGUUUGCAUUGAAUGCAUUCAGCAUAUCAUAAGUGCUUAAAAAAGGCUAAAGAUUAAAAGACGUGUGGCAUUUAAUUAUAAAAUAAAAUUCCGCAUCUAAUUA